AUGAUUACAUGUUCGUAUAAAAACUAAAGGGUUGCUGUUAAAAUCAUCAUUGAGUGAAUAGCACAUCAAUAACUACGAAACAUGUCAGUCAAGACUAUUGUCCUCUGCGCUCAAAUCUUCGUGAUUCAGUCGGUGCUUGGAAAUCCAAUUCUCAACAGAAAUCUGCCAUCAGCCAUCUCUGGUGCUUCGGUAGUCGAAAGCACUGUCGCUGUUAGUAACAAUGCAAUUGGCGGUAUAGGCUUGGCCAACACUGGUCUAAUUGGUACCGGACUCGGCUUGACCAACGCUGGAUUGAUCGGCUCUGGAAUCGGUUUGCCCAACGCUGGAUUGAUCGGCACUGGAGUUGGUUUGGCCAACACUGGAAUUGUAGGCACGGGUUUGGCUGGCGUUGGAUUGGCCAACCCCGCCUUAAUCGGUAACGCCAUACUGCCUGCUCCUGCCACUGGAUUCCUCGACUUUGCCACAAUUACCAAAAGAGACAAUCUCCCCAUCUUCAGCUACUCUCCAAUCGCUCCAACUGGUCUUACUGUUGUGUCGGAGAACAUUAUCGAAGGACCUAUGGUAAUCGCUGGACAGCUGCCGUUCCUGAGCGCAGUGGCGUUCGAAGGUGCUCUGCCAUCUGAAGGUGCAGGCGCUGCUGGCUGCGGCUGUGGUAUCAGUGGCAACAUUGGCAUCCUCCACGAGAACUACGGACCUCUUGCACCCCCCGCUCUGGGAGGACUAGGCUAUGCACCUGGAGCCGCCGUAUUGUAUUAAAAGGAUUAAUAUUUUUCUGAGCUUUCCCUCAAUAAAUUUAAUUUUGGUAUCAUCAUAA